GACGAGGAUCCUCCUGCUGAUGCGCGCAGAGACGCCGCGCAGGGCGAGCCGGAGCCGCAGCCCGCUGGUGAGCAGCCCCCCAAAGCCAACAGCGAUGAGCAAGUGCCCCCGCUCCUGCCUCCCCCGCCGCCUGGCAGCCUUCCUCCCUACCCGCCCUACUUCGAGGGAGCUCCCUUCCCUCGCCCGCUCUGGCUGCGGCACACGUACCACCAGUGGGUUCCGCAGCCACCGCCACGGACUAUAAAGAGGACGAGGAGGCGCUUGUCGCGGAACCGGGACCCGGGGAGGCUCAUCAUGAGCACCAUCCGGCUGCGGCCGAGGCAGGUGCUCUGCGAGAAGUGCAAGAACACGCUGAACCCCGAGGAUGCCAGCACCGCCAGGCAGAACGCUAAGACCCGGAGGAAGCUGAGCGUCCAGGACAAGGAGCAGAAGAAGCACAGCGACUCCGACUACGCCGAGAAAAGGAUCAAAAGAGAAAAGAGAGAGGACGACAAGUUUUCGGGGGAGCUAGUGCAUCGAACGCCGGUCAUAAAGAUAUCCUACAGCACCCCGCAGGGGAAAGGCGAAGUCGUAAAAAUCCCUUCCCGGGUCCAUGGCUCGGUCAAACCCUUUUGUCCGGAGCGGGUAUUGGAGAACGGAGGUGAGGACCAAGAGGAGCCCAGCGACUCCGAACGCUGUCGAGAAACCAGGUGUUUGAUGGACAAGUCGGCUGGCGGCCAGCUCGCUUCCAUUCCAAAACUGAAGCUCACGCGGCCGGUGCAUUCCAGCGCGGAUGGGCCGCCCCCGAAGAUCCGGCUGAAGCCCCAUCGCAUGAAUGACGGUCAGAGCGUUUCCAUUUACAAGGCAGAGCUUAUUGACGAAAUCAGCGUCCUUCACAACAGCAGCGAGUCCAAUCCCGGCGCCUUUUACAACGGCGAAUCCGCGGACAGAGGCUUAGCCGAGAUGUCUUCAGGGAGUUCUGGGGAAGAUGAGGACUUCCGAAGGUUUCCCCGGGGUAAAGAUGGACACGAUAACUUGGCUUUCCUUAUGAAUUACCGUAAACGGAAAGCAGAUUCCUCCAGCUUAUCGGUGUGUAGCAAUGACAGCCUGGACGAAUCCAAGUCUUCGAGCUCGGAAGUGACAUCACCGGAAAUGUGUGACUUUUUGCCUGGUGAUGAUGCGUCCGUCUCCUCGUCUUCCAAAGAUGAGCGUAAAAUGGUGCCGCCGCUCACGGUCCGACUGCACACCCAGAGCGUGUCCAAAUGCGUCACGGAAGACGGCAGGACUGUUUCGGUGGGGGACGUUGUUUGGGGUAAAAUUCACGGUUUCCCAUGGUGGCCAGCACGUGUUCUUGACAUAAACCUUAGCCAGAAGGAGAAUGGGGAACCCUCGUGGCAAGAAGCUAAAGUGUCAUGGUUUGGGUCUCCGACGACUUCGUUCUUGUCCGUUUCAAAACUCUCUCCUUUCUCUGAGUUUUUCAAACUGAGGUUUAAUCGCAAGAAGAAAGGGAUGUAUCGGAAGGCUAUCACGGAGGCUGCAAAGGCGGUGGAGCACCUGACUCCAGAAAUAAGAGAUCUCUUAACGCAGUUUGAGACAUAACUCGGCCUCUGCUAUCAGGU